AUGAAACAGCAAAGCAAACUUAUUUAUACAUGUAAUCCUAACCAUGCAACAAAUUUUUCAAGAAAAAUCUACCACAGCUCAAAGAGAGAUAGUAACCCAAAGAUAGUGGAACUAGAAACCGACCAGAUUGCUCUUAAAAAUCAGAAAGAGGAAGUCCAACAGAAAAGCGAACAGAAAGCUGAAGCCAGCUAUCCAUUCAUGGAUGACGACAAUUUCACUUCGAUGUUCAAUAAAUGGGAAAGUGCACAGAAGAAAUCAUGGAGAAGAGCUUCAAGAGGAAGGAAGCAUACUCUUGAGCCUGUCAAAAGAAAUACUGAUAUCAAGAAGAAUAAUAAAGUUUCUUCGAAGAACAGAUUCUUACAAGAUUUUAUUACCCAAAAUAGACAUGAAAAAAUUCAAAAGAAUGGCAAAAAUGCUGCUUUAGAGUCAAAAAGAAAGAUCAUCAGAAAAAGUAAGGUCAGGGUUGUCCCUGGUAUGAAGAACAAGAAAAAAUCCUGCGUCCAGCUCAUGUCGACCUUAAAGUCAAAAAUUAACAAAGCUUUUAACGCACUUGCUGAAGAAUCUGCUGGCGGAGAUAAUUCAACCCAGGAUUCGGCAAGAAGAGGUUAUUCUAACAUCCGUCCUUAUCAGAAGAGUACUGCUAGGCAACUGUUGCCUGAACUGAAGAACACCAGUAACAAUAGUAUUAGAAGUGCCAGUAAGGAUGAAAGAUCAGAUAGGCUUAAUAGCCAGAAUCCUACUAAUAAGCCAGUCGGGCUCAUAAGGUCUUCUAAAGAUGUUGUUAACAUUCCUCCACUGAUGCAGGGUAAGACAGCUAAAAAGGGUUCAAAAUCCCGGGGUGCUUUUUCAAACGGUACCAUUCUAAACAAGAGAGCUGCUCUCCAGCAAGACUUUAUGAUGUCUAAGAAGAGAGGUUUAAUCAGAAUGGAGAAGUCUAGGCUUUACGGUUACUAAGACAUCUGAAGCACACGUUGCUUUUUCAGGCUGAUCUUAAAAAAAGUGU